AUGAAAGUUCCUGUUGUACUGACAGCAAUUGUCGUGGCUCCCGCUACAGCCUCGGCCUAUGUCUGUCCCUCUCCUACCGAUGUUGCACAUGCAUGCAAGCAGCUCAACGUCUUCCCUCUUGUGUGCUACAACCCCGAUCUUAACAAGGACGCCUGCAAUGCUAAGCAGUGCUACCAACAGUACAUUGACGACUAUGCUGUCUGCCAGUGCCGCCGCACCACCAGCAACUUUUACGAGCAUUCGCGCAACGUCGAGGGUUUGAUUAGACGCUGUGGCGGAGGGUUGAGCAACCUCUAUGGUCCCUCAAGCCAGUACGAACGCAAUGGCGGCUCCGGCACCCAGCACUACCACGGAACCACCUACUAUGGCGGCAGCACCCAGGUCGCCAAUGGCACCACCCGCACGAGUAGUGUUGGCCCUGCUGUUCGCACCCGGAAUACCAACGUUGCCGGCAGCACCACCGCUCAGCCUUUCGUUGCCCCCACCCCGGUCCCUACCGAUAUCCCCAUCUCGGCUCAGUCCGAGAGUAUGUCUGGUGGUGCCAUUGCCGGUACCGUCCUCGGAAUCUUGGGUGCCUUCGGUUUGGCUGGUCUCCUUGGUUGGUGCUGGCGCCGAAGCCGCGCCACCCAUGUCCCCGUUGUGAGCACCACUACUCGGGCCAGUCAUGGAGCCACCCGCACUGUCGUCUCGGAGAAGACUGAGCCAUUGGUCGUCAAGUCUGCUAAUGCCGGCCAGACCUACCACGCUGCCUCUGCACCUGUUGCCGCCACUGCUGCCGGAGCUGAUGCCGCUGCUGGUGCCGCUGGUGGAGCUGCCUAUGCCUCGCGAUCCCAGCCCGCUAGAAGCAACACUAGCUACCCUACCACGACCUCAGGUGUCCCUGCUGCCUCUACCUCUCAUGUCCAGCCCGGCACUGCCAUCACUUGCACCACUACCGGUACCUCGAACAUCCCUGCUCCGAGCGGGCAGACCACAGCGUCCAUCGGCCAGCCUGGUUCCACUACCACGUACAACACCACCUCGUCCUCUGGUGGAAACACUCAUGUCCACCCCGGUGUGUCCUCGACUACCUACUCUACUGGCGGCCAGCAGGCCGCUGGCGCCACCAACGCUUCCACGACUUACACUUCAGGGAGCAGCACUGGUCACACCACGAUCCAGCCCAGUUCGACCACCAACACCAUCUACAACACCACCACGACCCCUGGCAGAAACGCCACUACCACUGGCAGCGGAAACGCCGGUCAGACUGGGAACAACAGCACGAUCUACUCUUCCAACAACGGCUACAACCCCAAGUCUCACAAAUAA